AUGGCGAAAUCAGAUUGCGAAAGCGACGUAGACGGGAGCGAGAAUUGUCCCGGCGAUGACAGGAGCUAUUUUCUGGCUGAAGAGUUCCUCUCGUCAUCUCCAUACUCGCGACCAGUGACCCCACAACUAUACUAUGAGUUACAUUCGGCGUUUUGUCCCGUAUCUGAGGAUAACAAUUUCGAUUUGACCAGGACCUGUGAUCUGGUGGAUCUUGCGUUGAUGAGGAGGGACGAUCGAGCAAGGCACCCCAAGAAGGCUCUAUUCCGGUACUUGUCUGAUGGUACUGAUUCUUUUGUUUCUUGUGAAGAGUACCUCGAUGAAGAAACAGAAGAUUUCAGUUCGGGGAACGAAGAAGGUGAUCUAUUGCGGGCCCCUCCUUCUAGGCCUAAAGGCCUGAUCAACAGCUUGGAGGACCGAUCAUUGCUGUUUUAUGACUCAGUGCAGGAGUACUACCCAACAGGACAGUAG